AUGGCAGCUGCCUUCCUGGGCCUUCGGCUGCUGGUCCUGAGCCUGCUGCUGUGUGCCCUGGGCACCCCCAUGUCACAUGCCGGGAAGAUACUGUUGGUCCCGAUGGAAGGCAGCCCCUGGCUGAGCAUGGUGGGAACUGUCCAGCAGCUGCACCAGCGGGGUCACGAGAUAGUGGUUGUGGCCCCUGAAGCCUCGAUAUACAUAAAAGAAGGAGCAUUUUACACCUUGAAGACGUACCCUGUGCCGUACCCAAAGGAGGAGUUGGAAGCAGCUUUUGUCAGUUUCGGGCACUUGAGUUUUGAUAAUCUUCCUUUCCUGCAGCGUUUUGUCAAGCUAUACAAGAAUGCGCAAGAGAACUCUGCCCGGCUUUUGUCCUCCUGCCACCACUUCCUGUAUAACAAGGAGCUCAUGGCCUGGCUGGCCGAACAAAACUUCGACGUCAUGUUGACAGACCCGUUCCUUCCGUGUGGCUCCAUCGUGGCCCAACGCCUGGGUCUGCCCACGGUACACUUUUUGACUGUACUGCCAUGCAGCCUGGACAUGGCGGCCACCCAGUGCCCCAGCCCGCCGUCCUACGUGCCCAGGUCAUUUUCCUUUAACCCAGACCACAUGAGCUUCCUGCAGCGGGUGAAGAACAUGCUCAUCUCCUUGUCAGAGAACUUACUGUGCAACAUGGUUUACACCCCUUAUGCACAACUCGCCUCGGAAUUCCUCCAGAGAGACGUGACUGUCCAGGACCUUCUGAGCAGUGCGUCUGUCUGGCUGAUGAGAAGCGACUUUGUGCUCAAUUUCCCCAAGCCCAUCAUGCCCAACAUGGUGUUCAUCGGUGGGAUCAACUGCAUGAGCAAGGCCCCCCUAUCCCAGGAAUUUGAAGGCUACAUUAAUGCCUCUGGAGAACAUGGAAUUGUGGUUUUCUCUUUGGGAUCUAUGGUCUCAGAGAUUCCAGAGAAGAAAGCUAUGGAAAUAGCUGAAGCUUUGGGCAAAAUACCUCAGACGGUCUUGUGGCGGUAUACUGGAAGCCGCCCAUCAAACCUUGCGAAGAAUACGAUACUUGUCAAGUGGCUACCCCAAAAUGAUCUGCUUGCUCACCCAAAGACUCGUGCCUUCAUCACGCAUUCCGGCUCCCACGGCAUUUAUGAAGGAAUAUGCAAUGGUGUCCCGAUGGUGAUGCUGCCCUUGUUCGGUGACCAGAUGGACAACGCCAAGCGCAUGGAGACCAAAGGAGCUGGAGUGACCCUGAAUGUCCUUGAAAUGACUUCUGAAGAUUUAGCAAAUGCCCUAAAGACAGUCAUCUUUGACAAAAGCUACAAGGAAAACAUCAUGCGCCUCUCCAGUCUUCACAAGGACCGGCCCAUAGAGCCUCUGGACCUGGCUGUGUUCUGGGUGGAGUUCGUGAUGAGGCACAAGGGGGCGCCCCACCUGCGCCCUGCAGCCCACGACCUCACUUGGUACCAGUACCACUCCCUGGAUGUGAUGGGCUUCCUCCUGGCCAUCGCACUGACGGUGGCCUUCGUCACCUUUAAAAUCUGUGCCUGUGGCUUUCGGAAAUGCUUCGGUAAAAAAGGGCGGGCGAAGAAAAGCCACAAAUCCAAGGCACACUGAAAAGUGGGUGGGAACGGGACUAGCAGUUAGUGU